CCCUCCAAAAUAUUAUUUUAUCGAUACAAAUCACAAAAAGCACGACCUCCACACACCAAAACCCUUGUCUUCUUCCUCGUCCUACUACUCCUCGCCACUACCAUGGCGGCGGCGGCGGCGGUCUCCUCCGCCACCCUCCAUGGAUUCCGGCGACUGAGCUCCGUCCCUCUCCGCUGCCCCCUCCACCUCCGAUCCCCCCUCUCCCUUCGCCCCCCGCGGCGGCGCCUCUCCUCCACCACCGCCGCCUCGGCAACCCCCUCCGCGCUCCUCAAAUCCGAGAUUCGGACCAAGGAGGAGGGCGAGUCCGAAACCCUAGACUACAGGGUCUUCUUCCUGGACGCGUCCGGGAAGAUGAUCUCGCCAUGGCACGACAUACCCUUGAGGUUGGGCGAUGGGGUGUUCAACUUCGUCGUCGAGAUCCCGAAGGAGACGAGCGCGAAGAUGGAGGUGGCUACGGAUGAGGCCUACACUCCUAUUAAGCAGGAUACGAAGAAGGGGAAGCUUCGAUACUAUCCGUAUAACAUUAAUUGGAAUUAUGGAUUGCUCCCACAAACAUGGGAAGACCCAUCUUUUGCGAAUGCAGAAGUUGAAGGAGCGCUUGGGGAUAACGAUCCUGUUGAUGUUGUUGAGAUUGGUGAGAGGCGUGCUAAUAUUGGCGAUGUUCUUAAGGUGAAACCUUUAGCAGCUUUAGCCAUGAUUGAUGAGGGGGAGCUCGAUUGGAAGAUAGUUGCUAUUUCUUUGGAUGACCCUAGAGCUUCUCUUGUUAAUGAUGUGAAUGAUGUCGAGACACAUUUUCCGGGAACUCUUACCGCUAUUCGCGACUGGUUUAGAGACUACAAGAUUCCCGAUGGAAAGCCAGCUAACAAAUUUGGCCUGGGUAACAAAGCGGCUAGCAAGGAUUAUGCUUUGAAGAUCAUCGCGGAGACAAACGAGUCGUGGGCAAAACUGGUGAAAAGAUCUGUUCCGGCUGGGGAGCUUUCCUUAGUAUGAUCUCAUUUUCUGGUUGUGGUCAUCAGGACUACAAUGUCCUUUUCUAUGAUGUAUUUAAUCAUUCUAUAUUGCUAUUGUGAAAUAAAAUUGUGGCGCGGAGAGACACUUCGAGAAUCCUAUGGGAUUGUUCCGCGGAUCUUGUAGCAUUAUUGAUGGAAGUGUUAUUGGGAAAAUUUGAUUAUCUGCGGCAUUGGAUAAACUCUCAUUUCUGCAAUAGCAAAGUUUGGAGUAUUGUUAUGUAGUC